CAAUAUGACACUUGUAGACGCCGAAGUAGCCCUUAUUCUCGGCAAGAAAAUCAAAGCUGAUAAUAAAGCCGUGGAUGCCAUAGUGACCGAUAUUCAACAGGGUCACUAUGCCAAUGUGAUUAAAAACAGUGUCCUGUUUAAGCAACCAGAAGCUGAAGAACUUAAAAAGACAGGCGAUAUUCAAAACUGGCUCAGCGACCAACUCACUCAUAUCCCCUUAGAAGAACACAGUUUCGACUUGCUUGCAACUGGUAUUGCUUGUCUUAACGCCUUUAUUCAAGUCAACUGGACAGGUCCGAUACUUUCUUUUUCAGUAUCUGAAUUGUUUUAUGGUCAAAAGAAUGAUGAUUUCGAGCAGUUGUUACACAAGUCCUGUCUUACAUCCCUUUCUGUUGACAGUGAAGAGGUCUAUCACUUGACUCAACAAUUGGGUUUGUUAGUCAUUGCUUGUUCUGUAUUGGAUGCUGUGCGCGGUAAAACAUUGACUGGUUCUUUUUGGUCAAUGCGCUCUGUCUUUAUUCAACAACAACUCUUGGAUGAAUUUACAGGCUCGCUUCAAAACAAGUUGAUGGCAUUGGCUAAAGAAAGCAACAGCAAUUUGGAAGCUAACAAGGAAUUGGAUGAUGAAACUCGCCAACAACUUAAAAUUCGUCAUGAACUUGAACUUGGUUUGAUUCAUAACUUCUUUGGCCAAGACAAGGAAGCUUUGGAAAAGAUGGAAGCUGCCCAAAAAGAGUCUGGUUUCGUUUGGUCUUUGACGGGUUCUCUUGGUCGUCGAACCAAGUUCCAACAAUUUGAUGUUUCGCAAUUAGUCGUAUUGGCCGAAAGUAAAAAGCAAGAGGUUGUGGAUGAAGAAGCUGCUCGACCUGAGCAAUUGGAUCUAAAUGACGAUACACUUUUGGACCGUAUUGAAUUCUCUGAAAACGACAAAAACAAGCAAGAAAACGAGCAACGUCAUGGUAACCUGAAUGUCAUUGAUCAAUGUCUUUUAUUGGCUUUCUGUCUGAAUGUUAAGAACACCAAUCCUGAUCAUGGUAUCACCACAGAACAAAUGGUACCUUAUGUCACUCGUGUGCUUGAGAAUGCCAAUAACUGGAUGGUUCAUACCAUGGGCUUAUUGCUUCGUUCUCGUCUGGAAGCUAACAAGGGUCGUACAGUUGAACGUGCUGCUCUUCAAUUACAAGCUUUGGUCGAUCAAAUCAAAGUAGAAGAUUCGGGUGUUGAAGAACGUUUAGCUUACUUUUAUGAUCUUUUAUUGCCCAGUAAAUGGGAAAUGGAGCGCGAAUUAGCCCGUCGUUUUGUCUCUCUUGGUGUGGUUCGUUCCGCUGUCGAAAUCUUUGAACGUCUUGAAAUGUGGGAAGAAGUCAUUUCAUGUUAUCAAAUGAUGGAGCAGCCUCAAAAAGCAAAGGAUGUCUUGGCUCGUUUGAUGGAAGAAAACCCUGAUUCUCCUAAAUACUUGUGUAUCUUAGGUGAUUUAGAAGCGGAGCCUGCUCACUGGAGAAAAUCUUGGGAGAUUUCUGGUCAACGUUAUGCCCGCGCCAUGCGAAGCUUGGGUUCUUAUGAAUACAAGCGUCAGAACUACAAGGCAGCUAUGGAUGCUUAUCAAAAAGCACUUACUAUUAACCCGCUCUUUGAAGGCUCUUGGUAUAUCCUUGGUUGUGCUGCCAUGAUGGUUGAGGACUGGGAAGUAGGUGCUCGUGCCUUCCAACGUGUUGUUGCUUUAGAUGACGAUCAACCUGAAGCUUGGAGUAACUUGGCCAGUAUCUAUGUUCGUAUGGACAAGAAGACGGAUGCCUUUUUGGCUCUCAAACAAGCAACUAAAAUGAAGUUUGACAACUGGAAAAUGUGGCAAAACUUGUUAUUCGUCUCUAUUGAUGUGGGUCAAUUUGCUGAUGCCAUUUACGCUAUGCAACGUGUGGUUGAACUUCGUUGGGACAAAGUACGUGAUGAAGCUGUAGACAUUGGUGUGUUACGUAUGAUUGUUGAGAACGUGAUUCAAAACUGGAAAGACCCCUUUGAUCGUGAUGGUGCUCGUCUUUCUCGCCAUGUUCAACGUUUAUUAGAAGAAGUAAUCUUGAGCCGUAUUACCAAUUCGCCCGAUAUUUGGAUGAUUUGCGCCAAGUUCUACUUGUGGCAAUGUCGAUAUGUUGAUGCUCUCGAGACUUCUGUUAAGGCUUAUCGAUCUGUGAUGCAUGAUCCUCGUAUUGAAACUGAAGUUACUGUAUUUGAUGAUGUGACUAUAGUCGCUCUUGAAACUGUAGAUAUGUAUGAAAACUUGGGUGAAAAGACAGUUGAUGGUGCUCCUGUUUGUGAAGACUGGCGCUAUCAAUCUCGUUUAAUUCUUAAGGGUCUGAUGGGCAAAGUACGCGACAUUUUUGACGAUACCACCUCUUAUGAACGAUUAAAGGAUCGUAUGGACGAACUCAGAAAUGCAUAAAUUACAUACACAUACACAAAAAAAAAAUCAUGUAUAAUAUUUAAAAAUAAAAAGUUUGUUAGAGAAUUAAA